ACCAAUUACAGCCUCAAGCCUUUUUGAGUAUGAUGCUACAAGCUUGACACACAUAUUUUACACACAUAUAUUCUUCCUUGCAGGAACUCUCAAGCUCCAUCAGGUUUGAUGGGGAGCGUCGGUGCACAGCCUCUCCAGAGAUGUUCAAUCGGGUUCAAGUCUGGAAAAUGGAUUAAAUGUGUCUUCCUCGUUUACUUCUGAUCCAAUCGAUCCGAAAUGCAUCUUAAUACCAGGUGUACUCACUCUGUGCCAACUAUCCUGUACUAGCUGGGACGUCCUGUGAUUGGGUCAAAUUUAAGCAUGUGUCAGAGAGGACACCCUGGUCCUGUACCCUAAGUCACAACCACACACCCCCUUCUCCAUGGCCAGUGCCCUAUAUAAGGGGUGAAACGACUGAGAGGUCCCAAACAGGAAUACUUGUUUGUAUCUACAGAAGGACUCACAUUUGACUUGACUAUGGCUGGCAGACAGGCAGUGAAAGCGUACUUAGAUCUCGUGUCUCAGGCCUGCAGGGCUGUAUUAAUAUUCCUCAAAGACAACAAAAUCCCACAUAUGGUGGAAAACAUUGCAAUACGAAAAGGGCAGCAGAAGACACCUGAGUUCACCAAACUCAACCCUAUGCAAAAACUGCCAGUGCUGGAGGACAAUGGAUUCGUUCUCACUGAGAGUGACGCCAUAUUGAAGUAUCUGGCGACGGCCUAUAACGUCCCUGAGCACUGGUACCCCAAACUGCCAGAGAAGAGAGCGCGAGUGGAUGAAUACACAGCCUGGAAUCACGCGAACACACGCACACACAUUUCCACACUCUUCUUGCAUGAGGUUUUACUGCCACGCAUGGGACAUCCAACAAAUCCAGAGAUGCUUGAAAAGGCGCUAUCAGACCUGGAUGGCACACUGGACAAGCUGGAAAACAUGUUUCUGAAGAGACAGGCCUUCCUGUGCGGUGAAGACAUCUCAUUGGCUGACCUGUUAGCAGCUUGUGAGCUCAUGCAGCCCCUGUGCGGCGGGAGGGACAUUCUGGAGACCAGACCCAAACUGCUGAGCUGGAGGAGUCGAGUCCAGUCAGCGCUCUCUGACUCCUUCGAUGAAGCUCACGCCAUUGUCUACCGUAUACGAGAUAAUCUAAACGCAGAUAAACUGUAUCGCUAUUCAAAACAAUCUGCUCUGUAAAGAUAUAUUUCACAACUAUUUAUAAUUAACAUGGCAAAGAGUUUCUGCAGUUUACCUUAUGGGAUCAAUGAUGACUGUGUCUGAUAUAUGCAGUUUGCUCAAUUGUAUUUACAAUAUCGUGUUUAAAAUUGUCAAAUAAUAUUAACUCAUUGUUUAUUAAACUGUUGUAUGAAAGUCAUAUGGAAUUUGAUUUAAUUUGGGUGGCAUUUCCAACCUUGCAUGAUGGCACUAUUUCACACUGACGCCAGACUAGUGGGGUUAGUUCACCCAAAAAUGAAAAUAAAGUCAUUUAUUACUCACCCUCAUG